CAGCUAGCGUGCGGAUCUGGACCAGCUCAAAUUGUAUUUUUACUUAUUACACUUCUAUUUAAAUAUAUUUUCUACCUUACAAUUUAUCCACGUGUUUUCUCUGUUUACACACCGAAUAACCUCAACAGCACGUGUGUUGUAAAAUUUGUAGGCUAUGGUAAUACACAGAAAGUCGAGUUGAGUUCUCUUUUAGAAUCAGAAGGUUUGCAAAGUCAAAUAGCACAACAAAAGAAAGCUUUGGAAGAGAAAUUCAAUGAAGAGAACGAUGAGACUUGUGAGACUAAUUUUUCUACAAAUGUAAAUUCGAAAAAAUAUAAUGUAGAAAAAAUGGAUUGUGACUCUGAAGAAGCAAAUGCGUAUAAACAUCACUUCAUACCGGGACCAUCUUUCAAUUCGAUGACUGAUAUAAUGCCACCUGCACCUCCUUUACCACCACAAUUAAUGGCCAAAUUACCAGAUAAUGAUACAGACGCACUUUCAAGUAUGUUGAUGUCAUGGUAUAUUAGUGGUUGCAUGGUAUAUUACACAGGUUAUUACCAUGGUUUGAAACAAGCAAGAAACAAUCAAGAGAACAGGAAGAACUGUUGAUUAUAUCAAUUUUUUCAAUAACAAUAUAACAAUAAUAUAAGAUAUAAUAAAAUAUAAAACUCAUUGUAUUUAUUUACUUCAAUUAUUUGAAAUAAAGAACAGCUUUAUUUUCAUAUAA